UUUGGAAGUGAACCGCGGCUACACAACAAGUAAUAAAUUAUAGCCCCAAAUUGAAACAUUUCCACUCACUUCUCUAUUUACUAAGUCCCUUUCUUUCCCCAUAUCUCUUCUCUUGUCCCUCACUAAGCACACAUCAAAAAAAUGGAUUCUUCAUCCCCCAUUACUGUUCAAAAAGCUCUAAAAUCCCAAGAAUCAGCUCCACAAUCUUCACCAAAGCCACAAUCUUUGAAGAAAAGCUUUGUCACUUCUCUAAUGGAAGCAACUACUUUACGCACCCCAUCUUUUAAAGAAGACUCUUACUUCACUUCUCACCUUAAACCCUCUGAAAAGAAAGCAUUACAAGAAUUGAAAGACAAGCUUCAAUCUUCUUCUUCUUCUUGUUCCAUGUGGGGUAUUCCACUUUUAGGUGGAGAUGAAAAGGCUGAUGUCAUUCUCUUGAAAUUCCUCAGAGCAAGGGAUUUUAAGGUUUCAGAUUCACUUCAUAUGUUAGAAAAGUGUCUUUCUUGGAGAAAAGAGUUUGGUGCUGACACCAUUUUGGAAGAAGAUUUUUCAGGAUUUAAAGAACUAGAAGGAGUUGUUGCUUAUAUGAAUGGUUAUGAUAGAGAUGGACACCCUGUUUGUUACAAUGCUUAUGGGGUUUUUAAAGAUAAAGAAAUGUAUGAAAAAAUCUUUGGGGAUGAAGAAAAAUUGAAAAAAUUCUUGAGAUGGAGAGUUCAGGUCCUUGAAAGAGGAAUUGAACAACUACAUUUCAAGCCUGGUGGAAUUAAUUCCAUUAUUCAGGUAACUGAUCUCAAAGAUAUGCCUAAGAGAGAACUAAGGGUUGCUUCAAAUCAAAUUUUAUCUCUUUUUCAAGAUAAUUACCCUGAAAUGGUUGCUCGCAAGAUAUUUAUCAAUGUGCCAUGGUACUUCAGUGUGUUGUAUUCAAUGUUUAGUCCAUUUCUGACUCAAAGAACCAAGAGCAAGUUUGUGAUAUCCAAGGAGGGAAAUGUUGCUGAGACAUUAUACAAAUUCAUAAGGCCUGAGGAUAUACCUGUUCAGUAUGGUGGAUUGAGUAGACCUACUGAUUUACAAAAUGGCCCCCCAAAACCAGCUUCUGAGUUUACUGUCAAAGGAGGAGAGAAAGUCAAUAUUCAAAUUGAAGGCAUUGAGGUAUUGGAGGAUGUUAUUGAGUGGUUAUGAAUAUUGAAACAGGGUGGUGCAACAAUAACAUGGGAUAUAGUAGUAGGAGGAUGGGACUUGGAGUACAGUGCAGAAUUUGUACCAAAUGGUGAAGGCAGUUACACA